GGAGGGAGGGAAAAGAGGAGGAGGAAAAAAGGACAGGAGGGAAGCGCAGGGGAGGGGUGGGGGGAGCGCAAACUGAGGGGUUAGUGGAUGUAGCUGUGAGCCGGGGGGUGAGCUACCUAACCCGGGCUGCUCCGCUGAAACAUCCAUGGGUGGCUGUGUCGGGAGCCACCACGACUCUUCGGGCAGCUUAAACGAGAACUCGGACGGCACUGGAGCUCUAGGGCGUAACCAGCCCCUGAAGAGAGAGCGGCCUAAAUGGAAAAGUGACUACCCGAUGACUGAAGGCCAGCUGCGCAGCAAGAGAGAUGAGUUCUGGGACACGGCGCCAGCCUUUGAGGGCCGGAAGGAGAUCUGGGAUGCCCUGCGGGCGGCAGCCAGCGCCUUCGAGAGCAGCGACCACCUACUGGCACAGGCCAUCCUGGACGGUGCCAGCAUCACACUGCCUCAUGGAGCUCUGACUGAAUGUUACGAUGAGCUGGGAAAUCGAUACCAGCUGCCGGUCUACUGCCUCUCCCCUCCCGUCAACAUGAUCGAGGAGCGCUCCGAUGAUCCCGACGGGUCGGACCCGGACUCUGGAGCGACAGACCCGUCCGCCGUCAGCGCCGGUGACCCCGGCUCAGGAAGCGAGUGCCAGCUUCGGCUCCGGCUUUCCACGGGGCGUGACCUCCGCCUGGCAGUUCGCUCAAUGGACACAGUUGGCAUGAUGAAGCGCCGCUUGCAAAGUCAGGAAGGCGUUCCUGCCGCCACCCAGCGCUGGUUUUUCUCAGGACGGCCGCUGACAGACAGGCUUCGCUUAGAUCAGCUCAACAUCUCUAGGGACUACGUGGUGCAGGUGAUCCUCAGCCAGCGUCCACCAACAGAGCAAACAUCCAAACCAGGACAUUCGCCGGAGGCGUCCGUGCCUGUAACAGUGGAAGGAGUGUCGGCACUGACUCCAGAGCCCACACCCGUGGAGAAUUAAGACCCUUUAAGCUGGCAGCCCAGAAGCCCGCCAGCGUAAAAGAAGAAUAACAAGAGACAUAAUAGAAGGAAGUUAAUUCUUCUUCUCAUUUCUGCCCUUCUCGGCUGUUUUUGCUGAGAGAAGCUUUGUCUGAGCAGACGUUGGCUGUCUGCCAGAGGUCAAAGACUCUUCUAUUGAAAAAAAAAUAUCUUUUUUUUGUUGUUUUACACGGUGAAAUUUUGACCAUUUUUUAAAAAAUCUUUUUAACUGUUCCUAUGGAAACUAAACUACAAAACGAGAACUCUGUGCUGUCAAGUGGUUUAAAGGGUUUUCUUUGAAACACUGAACUUUUUUGUGUUUUUCAGUUUCCAUUCAAGUUCUGCUGUCAGCAGAACAAACUCAGUUUAUAAGGCUACAGGGUUUAAAAGAUGCAUUUUUAUAACAUGCAUAAUAGGUUGAACGUUUCGAGGAGAAAAAGGACAAUGCCGCGCUCCCCGCAGACUUGGAGUCCUUUUCCUUAACUAUGUGCAAAUGAAAUAGAGGAUUUUAAUGGGAGGAUUAUGCUGUUAGGCUGUUUCCACUGUAAGGGUUGGAGGUUUCAGUCAAUCAUGGCUGGAAGUUCUACCAAGCUGCUGCUGGAUUCAAUACUUCACAAUCAAAUGAAUCAUGGUAAUAAACGGCGAGCCAGCCUUUGGGUAGGGGUGAAAGGUCAUGCACAUGUGGGUGAUCACAUGACCAACCCCUUCUUAUCUAUGUGGCGAAAAGAUGGACAUCAGAAACACAGUUGAAUAUUUUGAUUAAAAAUAGAAUGUUU